CAACACUUGAUAAUUGAAACGUCAAAAAAUUGGAAGGGAAAGAAAAACAAAACUCUGUGAAAACAUUCCUGAGAAUCAAUUUUGUACGAGUUGGUGUGUUUUCAUUGCAAAUUGACCAUGAGUUCAGGAUUUGUAACAGAGCAGGAAAUAGCCGAGUCUAAACAACGUCGUCAGGAAGAAUGGGAGAAAGUGAGAAGCGCUGAUCAGCCACUCGAAAUGCCUGAAGAGCCAUACGAUUCCCGUUCGUUGUACGAAAGACUGAAGGAACAGAAAGAUAAGAAAGACUACGAAUUUGAGGAAGCGCACAAAUUGAAAAACUUGAUUCGAGGCUUGGACGAUGAUGAGGUCGAUUUUUUGGACGUAAUCGAUAAAGCGAAAAUUGACGCCGAACGGAAACAACAAUUAGAAGAGAAACACGAAAUGCAAGACUUUAGACAACAGGUCGCCAACCUACAGGAGAAGAAUUUGGACAAAAAAAUUCAAUCAGAAGUUUCCCAACCAAAGAUCGCCAAAACCAGCACCAAUAGUCGUCCAUCGCAAAAAUCAAUUUUAUCCGGCGUCAUUAGGAAACGAAAACUAAGCGAAACCAACGGAAACGUUCAAUCAGAGAGCAAACCAUCGGAGGAGAAUGUCGUUGAGGCGACACCGAAACAAGUCAAAACGGACAAUAAUGUUAUUGCCGCAACCAGCGAUGAUAAAACGUCGGUUGGUGCGCUCAAAUGCAUUGGAAUUUUACCGGGUAUAGGCGGAACGUAUGAAGAGUCCAGCGAUUCGGAAAAAAGUACGGACACAGACGAUGAUUACGAUUAUUCGAAAUAUGAUUUCGUGGGCAGAGCGAGAGGUUCGAAAAGUGCGUACGGCGGUUGCGGACAAUAAUUGCAGAUUUUGUUUUGAAUGUAAACGGUCAAAUAAUUCGUUUGUAACCCUAAUUAAUGUAAGCUGCUAAAUAUUAAAAUUUCUUGAAAUAAAUUCAUCAGACAAAAUUUAAGUUCAAUUAU